GCCAACAGUUUCCGCAGUGUUUUUGUCAUUUCCAUGCGCUCAUUGUCAGUUUUAAAAUUGCCCCAUCACCUGCCGGAGACACAACAUCAUACCAAAUCAAAUCAAGGAAAAUCACAGAAUAUAAAACCUUCCUAAACAUCGACCAUCUAGCACUGAUAAAAGAUAACCAUUCCUCGACGUUCGACUUCUGUAUGAAACGUCGAUAAGAGGACGCAGUAGCAGUUGGCUUUGAUGAGUGGUACGGCCAAACGUUUGGCUAUAAAAACUGGCAACCGUUGACUGUGGGCCCCAAUUAAAGCCCUGAGCCGGAACACUGCGGAUCGGAUCGGAGCUACAUAGAACUGGGAAAAGCGGGAAAAUGCUGAAGCAACUUGCACUGGUGCUGCUCCUUUGUGGCUUGGCCCUGGCCGAAGAGACCUACGACGGAUACAAGAUCUACGAUGUGAAGACUAACAAUCCCUUGGAGAAGCAGCUUCUGUAUCGUUUGUCCAAAAACGAGGCCUAUGACUUCUUUGAUCUGCCCCGAUCACUGGACGCCCCCAGCCGCGUUAUGGUUAAGCCUGAUGAUCAGGUUGCUUUCGAGAUGCUUUUGGACAAAUACCACGUGAACUUUGUGGUAGUGGAUGAGAAUCUGGGUGAUUCCCUGCGCAAGACAAGUGAGGAUAACCAACGGAUGAUGAACAUGCGCUCCGCCGGACGGAGCAUCAGUUUCACCGCCUUCCAUCGCCAUGCCGAGAUCAAUGCCUAUUUGGAUGAACUGGCUCUCGCCUAUCCCAGCCGCGUUAAGGUCGAGGUCGCUGGCAAGUCGUACGAGAAGCGGGACAUCAAGACCAUCACGAUCAGCAACGGUGAUGGCAGGACCGACAAGAACGUGAUCUUCCUGGAUGCCGGUAUCCAUGCCCGCGAGUGGAUAGCCCAUGCCGGAGCUCUGUAUGUCAUCCAUCAGCUGGUUGAGAAUUUCGCUGCCAACUCGGAUCUGCUAAGGGACUACGACUGGGUUAUCCUGCCCGUGGUAAAUCCCGAUGGCUAUGAGUACACCCACACGAACACUCGCCUGUGGCGCAAGACCCGCAAGCCAAUCAGCGCCUCCUGCUAUGGCACCGAUGCCAAUCGUAACUUUGACUUCCACUGGGGUGAGGUGGGUGCCUCCAGCUACUCCUGCUCCGAUACCUACAAGGGCGAGACCGCCUUCUCUGAGCCGGAGACGCAGAUAGUCCGUGAUCUGCUUUUGGGAUUGAGUGGACGCGGCAAGUUCUACCUGACGUUGCACUCGUAUGGCAACUACCUGCUGUACCCUUGGGGAUGGACCUCUGCUUUGCCCAGCACCUGGCGUGACAUCGAUGAGGUGGCCCAGGCUGGUGCCGCUGCUAUUAAGAGUGCCACCGGUACCAAGUACACCGUGGGCAGCUCCACCAACGUCCUGUAUGCGGCUGCCGGUGGCAGCGAUGACUACGCCUUUGGUGUGGCCAAAUUCCCCAUAUCCAUCACCAUGGAACUGCCGGCUGGUGGCACUGGUUUCAACCCCACCACCAAUCAGAUCCAGGGUUUCGUUUCGGAGACCUGGCUGGGCAUCCAGGCCAUGGCCAAGAAGGUCGUGCAGAAGUACUAGACGAGUGCAAUAAACGCCAUCGAUGAUGAUAUUUUGUAA